CCAAAAUCUCUAUCGGAUGAUCUUCAUUGUACUGGUUUCAAAGCUAUCUGGAUGCUUGACCCAGGGAUCAAGCAUGAAACUGGUUACUUUGUUUAUGACAGUGGAUCGCAGAAAGACAUAUGGGUUCAAACAGCAGACGGAGAACCCUUUGUUGGAGAGGUAUGGCCAGGACCUUGUGUUUUUCCUGACUUUACUCAAGAGAAAGCACGUUCGUGGUGGGCUAAUCUAGUCAGAGAUUUUGUAUCUAAGGGAGUGGAUGGUAUAUGGAAUGAUAUGAAUGAACCAGCUGUUUUUGAGUCCAUGACAAAGACAAUGCCUGAGAGUAACAUUCAUAGGGGAGAUGCUGAACUUGGUGGUCAUCAGAAUCACUCACACUACCACAAUGUUUAUGGCAUGCUGAUGGCAAGAUCCACAUAUGAAAGCAUGAAAUUAGCCAACCCUAAGAAACGCCCAUUUGUUCUUACUCGAGCUGGGUUUAUAGGUAGUCAGAGGUAUGCUGCUACAUGGACAGGGGAUAAUCUUUCUUCUUGGGAACACCUGCAUAUGAGCAUCUCUAUGGUACUCCAGCUGGGGCUUAGUGGUCAGCCACUUUCAGGUCCUGACAUUGGUGGAUUUAUCGGCAAUGCAACACCAAAGAUGUUUGGAAGAUGGAUGGGCAUUGGGUCUAUGUUUCCGUUUUGUCGUGGGCAUUCCGAGAAGGGAACUGUUGAUCAUGAGCCUUGGUCCUUCGGGGAAGAGUGUGAGGAAGUUUGUCGUUUGGCACUAAAGAGGAGGUACCGCCUUAUACCACACAUAUAUACACUUUUUUACUUGGCACAUAGUAAAGGUUCACCGGUGGCAACUCCUGCAUUUUUUGCUGAUUCUAAGAAUUCUCAGUUAAGAAGAAAUGAGAGUUCUUUCUUGUUGGGCCCACUUCUGGUAUAUGCAAGUACUGUGAGUGAUCUUGGAGUGCAUCAACUGCAGCAUGCAUUGCCUGACGGCAUUUGGAUGAGUUUUGAUUUCGAAGAUUCACAUCCAGAUUUACCAGUACUGUAUCUACAAGGUGGAUCAAUUAUCCCAUUUGGUCCAGCUCAUCAACAUAUUGGUGAAUCUAAUCCAACUGAGGAUCUGUCAUUGCUUAUUUCUUUGGAUGAAAACGGUAAAGCUGAAGGUGUUCUGUUUGAAGAUGAUGGUGAUGGCUAUGGAUAUACUAAUGGAGGUUAUCUCCUGACAACGUAUGUAGCGGAGCUGAAGUAUUCAGUUGUCACAGUGAGUGUUUGCAAAACUGAAGGAUUGUGGAAGAGGCCAGGUCGCCGGUUACAUGUACACCUAUUGCUCGGUGAAGGAGCUAUGAUCGAUGCAUGGGGCACUGAUGGAGAGGAUCUGCAAAUUGUUAUGCCAUCAGAUGAUGCAAUGUCAAAACUAAUUUUUGCAACCAAAAACAAUUACAAGCUGCGGAUGGAAACUGCAAGAUGUAUUCCUGAUGUGGAGCAAGCAUCCCGACAUAAAGGGAUUGAGCUUUCACGAACUCCUGAUGAUAUUAAACAUGGUGAAUGGGCUCUCCAAGUGGUUCCCUGGAUGGGUGGUCGAAUUAUUUCUAUGGAGCACCUUCCUACUGGAACUCAGUGGUUCCAUAGUCAGGGUGAAAUUAAUGGGUAUGAAGAAUAUAGUGGUACUGAUUACCGAUCUGCUGGCUGUUCCCAAGAGUAUACUGUCCUUGAUCAAAAUCUUGAACAGAUAGGAGAGAUGGAUUCUAUAAAAAUGGUAGGUGAUGUUGGAGGUGGAUUAGCUAUUGAAAGAAACAUUUCAAUUUUAGAAGAUAACCCAAAAGUUCUGAGGAUCGACUCAAGCCUUGUAGCACGCAAUGUUGGUGCUGGUUCCGGAGGGUAUUCAAGGCUUGCUUGUUUACAAAUAAAUCCAACAUUUAGUCUAUUGCACCCAACCGAGUCAUAUGUAACAUUUACCUCCAUCAACGGGUCCAAGCACGAUGUAUGGCCAGAUUCUGACAAGCAGCUGUAUGAAGGGGAUCUUCGCCCAAAUGGUGAAUGGAUGCUCGUUGACAAUUGCCUUGGAUUGGGUUUAGUCAACAACUUUAACAUUAAUCAGGUUUACAAGUGCCUUGUGCAUUGGGGUUUUGGGACUGUAAAUUUAGAGCUUUGGUCAGAGGAGAGACCGAUUUCAAAGCAGUCCCCUCUCCAUGUUACUCAUCAUUAUGAAGUUAGACAAAUUCUGCAGUGCUAAAUAAGUACUUGAUGCUUCAUUUUCCGCACUUCCCUAAAGCAUGGAUACCACUUAAAAUAAUUCUGCAUAUCUUCUUACAU